AUGUGGGGAGGCGGCAAACUGAGCUACUUCGGGGGUCGUUUUUUAGGAGUGCUUGGGCCUGGUUGCAGGAGCUCACAAACCAAGGGUCCUCGCUUGAUCUCCUCGGCUGUUUAUUCAAAGAAUCAGCUCAGUUGGACUCUAGAAAUUAAACCAGGAGUUUUCAAUGAAUACAGAAACAUGUGGUUCAAAUCCUAUAGGAUGACCUUUUCCUGUUUGAAUAGAAUGAAAAGUUACAGGUACCCUUGGACAAGACUGUACAGUACUUCACAAAACACUGUGGACAGCAGUGAGGUCAAAACCUUCCUGGCCCUGGCUCACAAGUGGUGGGAUGAGCAAGGAAUAUACGCACCACUUCAUUCUAUGAAUGACCUGAGGGUGCCAUUUAUUAGAGACAAUCUUUUGAAAGUAAUUCCUAAUCACCAGCCAGGAAAACCUUUGUCUGGGAUGAAGAUUCUCGAUGUUGGCUGUGGUGGUGGAUUGUUAACUGAACCUCUAGGGCGGCUUGGGGCUUCGGUUAUUGGAAUCGAUCCUGUGAAUGAGAACAUUAAAACAGCACAGUGCCAUAAAUCAUUUGAUCCAGUCCUGGAUCAGAGGAUAGAGUACAGAGCAUGUUCCCUUGAAGAGAUUGUGGAAGACACUGCAGAAACAUUUGAUGCUGUCGUAGCUUCUGAAGUUGUAGAACAUGUGCUUGAUCUAGAGACAUUUUUACAGCACUGCUGUCAAGUGUUAAAACCUGGUGGCUCUUUAUUCGUUACUACAAUCAACAAAACACAACUGUCCUAUGCCUUGGGAAUUGUUUUUUCAGAGCAAAUUGCAGGUAUUGUACCAAAAGGUACUCAUACUUGGGAGAAGUUUGUUUCACCCGAAAAGCUCGAGAGCAUUCUGGAACCAAGUAAGUAUUAA